UCAUUCCCUGCUCGCUGCAAGACAACAUAGGCUAACACCUUGAAACAUCGUGACUGAAGACGAAGGACUUGGUUGGAAGACGGUUGCCAGCGACAUUUUCAGCACUUCGGGCACUGGAGCCGAACACUCUUCAGCUCGUCCACUUUUGUUAGUGUGUAAUUGUGAAAUGUGAAGCAUGAAUAUACAGAACUUAAGUGUAGUUUGUCUCUGCCUGUGUUUGAAAGUCGUUGCGAGUCGAAUGAGGCUGAACAAUCAUGGAUAUGAAAGAGUUAUUAUAUCGAUCGGAAAUCACGUGAGGGAGGACCCUUUGUUGAUAAAGCGCUUACAGCAAUAUCUAACAGUCACGUCACAAUCCUUGUUCAGGGCAACGAAGAACCAGAUAUACUUCCGAGACUUUGUGAUAGUGAUUCCCCAGAAUUGGACAACCCUUCCUCACUAUGAGAGCGCCACGGAUGCUGACGUCCACCAUGCGCAAAUAAUCAUUGACAAAGCCAACCCAGCCUACGGCGAAGCCCCGUAUGUGAAACAGUAUGCGACGUGUGGAGAGGCGGGGUUGUACAUCCAUCUGACCCCAAACUACCUCCUGGACGAUGAGGUCACACUCAAAUGGGGACUACCAGAGAAGACUUUGGUCCAUGAGUGGGCACAUCUACGGUGGGGAUUGUUUGAUGAGUACCCCAUUGAUCCGCAAGACACGCCCUUCUACAGACAUGCCGGCAAGUGGGAACCAGUCAGAUGUUCCACGGAAGUGGAAGGGGUUCUGCGAAGCGAGCGCACGAAAGGCGAGUGUCCAUUUGACAUGUACACCGGACAACCAGGAGAUGGGUGCAAGUUCUACCCCAUAAUGAAGCACAACCAGGGCGUGUCGUCCAUAAUGUUCAUGCAGUAUCUAGACAGCAUAACGGAUUUCUGCGACGACCCCUACAGCGCCCCCGGGGAGUACCGCCACAACGUCUACGCCCCGAACAGACAGAACAGGCUGUGCAACUACCGGAGUGCAUGGGAGGUCAUGAGAAAACACGAGGACUUCAAAAAGAUCGGAGCGCCCCUCCCUGCAUUCACGGACACCUCGCCCAGGUUUCACUUUGUGCAGGUGAAACCAACAAGGAGAGUUCUCGUCCUUGACGCCUCCGGGAGUAUGACGGGGCCAUCUAUGGAAAUACUGCGCCAAGCGGCUAGCAACUACAUACUGACCAGCGUUGAGAGUGGAAGCUGGCUUGGUAUAGUACAGUUUAACACGGAUGCAACAACACUGUCUGAGAUGGUUCACAUUAAGUCUCAGGCAGACCGAGAACUUCUCACCAACCGCCUGCCUACUUACGCCGAGGGCAAGACAAGUAUUGGUGCUGGUCUUGGAAAAGCUCUUACGGCCCUAGAAAGUUCGAAGACCGGUAAAGGUGGAACUUUGAUAUUGAUUACUGACGGCAAGGAGAACAAAUCUCCGUGGAUAAAGGAUAUCAAACCGAGGCUCUUCAAUAGCAAGGUCAUGAUUCACGCCAUCGCCUACACGCAACAAGCGGAAGCAAGCAUUGCGCAGCUCGCGGGGGAAACAGAAGGGCGGACGUUUUUCUUCACUGGCGAAUCCAACUCUACUUCUUUGAUUGACGGACUUGCUGCGACUGUUGAAAAACAAAGCUUCGACGAUUUUGCGGUCUCUGUGAGUUCUGAAGCUGCGCAGGUUCUUCGAAAGACUCCUCACGUCGGAAGCUUCACCAUCGACAGCACCAUCGGCCGCGAGACAACGGUGACCAUCACCUCAAACAAACCAGUCGAUGUCGUCUUAAGUGAUCCCACUGAGGCCAGGGCGAAUACAGAUGUCUUCAGAAACAGCACCAAUGGCAUCAUGACGGUGAUGAUACCAGGUCUUGCAAUGAAAGGCAAAUGGAAGUACACAGUAACAGCCAUAGGACCAUACGCCAACGCCCUGGUACACGUGCAGUCCAAGGCAAGGUCAAAAGGUCAUGACGUCGUUCACGCACGAUCCUGGGUUUCCACGGAAUUGUUAACAUUUGAAACCAAAGCAAGGUUCACUAUUUUUGCUGAUGUAACUCGAGGUACUGCCCCCGUCCUUGGUGCUAAGGUCAAGGCCACAAUGGAAAGGCCAGGAGCAGGUACCUCCGAGGUGGAACUACUCGACGAUGGUGUCGGCUCCGAUCUGAUCAAGGACGAUGGGAUAUAUUCAUCGUACAUUCUUCCACGUGAUCUUAAAGGGAAUGGAAGAUAUAACAUGAAGGUGAAGGUUUUUGGAACAAACGUGUUAACCAAGGUCAUUACGAAAGGUCACCAGACAGGCGCUCUUGAAACCGGGAAUUCAGGAAACGUAAUGAAGUCCGGGCCGGAGACAGAAAGUGUGGGUGACUUCCAAAGAGUGACAACAGCGGGGGAGUUUCGAGUACAGGGAUACCCGUCAGUUGAACCUGACAUUCGAGACGUCAUACCACCUGCGAAGAUUGGUGACCUCACCGUGACGUCGUUUGACCCAGAUGUUGGAGUUGUGGCGCUGGAAUGGACUGCCGUUGGUGACGACAUGGGUCGAGGGAGAGCAGCUGGAUAUAAGAUCCAUAUGUCCAGGGAUAUAGGGGAGUUACUGCACCGCAUCGAUACCACAGAAGACAUAAGCAGCUUGGCACGCAAUAGGACUUUACAAGAACCGAAGGUUGUCGGUCUGCUGGAACAACUGGAACUGCAGAUGAAGCAGGUGAACAAGAACGACACCAUAUUCCUGGCUCUGCGAGCAUACGACGACGCGAACAACUACGGCGAUACAUCCAACAUCGUUUCCGUCUCAUACGUCGACGAGGUUGCUGUGCCACGUCAGCGCAUUGACGUUCCGAUGACGUCGUUUCUUGCUGUCAUCAUUGCACCAAUGGUUGGAUUUGUGUUGUUUCUUGUGUUGAUGACGAUUGUGUGUUUGGUAUGGUCAGGCAAACGACAAACGGAACACAGUAGGAGGAAAAUGUUUCGAGCGGACAGUACGUCCUCAUUGAAGUCCGUAACAUCGGAGUUUCCUCACAUGAACUACCGAGUCGAUGGCGCGUAUGUUAAACGCUGGAAGGAAGAACCUUCUUCAUGGACCAUGCCGUGAAGACCGUUACCAACUUAUUCACGUAUGCCAAAGACUCUAUAUAGUGCUGCAUUAACUGAGAGAGAAGUAUAACACGCACUGACACGCUAUUAGUGUUAUGCUCGUGGAAUAUAAUCAUUUCUCAUGAACAAGGGUAAGCUGGUCAUUCGACGAUAGAUUGAUCUGUUCCAGCGAAACUUCAAACCGGUGGCUUCGAGAGAUAGCGAUAGGUAUUUGUCAUAUGUGGCAAAGGAUAUGACAACACUAUAUAACUGUGAAUUUAUACAUGAUGCUAAAACAUAUAUCCUUGUGUUUUGUAUCGGUGUCAUUGCAUUUAUUCAUUGAAGAGAAACCCCUUUCCUACGAAACAUACGAGAGCAGGUACAUACGUGUGCAAAUAUACACAACACUCUUCAGUUUAGUUGGACAAAGAAUAUUUCGAAAUAACCGGAGUUUCGAGACAAACGUUCCACGGGAGGUGCUAAUCUACACAGGAACAUUCAAAUGAUGGUUUAACUACGAGGCAAUAGGAUUUCUAAACAGCCGUGUACAUAAAGACAUGUUACCACAGACCCUGUAAAUGUGUGUCAGCCUUCUGAGACAGUUUUGUCCUGAUUAUGAUCUUUGAUUUGCCAGCACCAAACCUGAUCACAUACGUUUACGAGAGUGGGGUCAGUGGCGUCAGGCGCCGAAAGGUGCCUUGUAGAGUUGUGCUCCUUAGCCGAUGAAGGAUCCGCAAGACAUGGAACUGGAGAUAGGGAAAGAGUGACAUCCGUGUUCGUGUUUCACCAGUUUUGUUCGUGUCAAGGACCUGUAGCAUCUAGUGCUUUCCUCCCUCUGUAGGCUGUCAGGUGAGGAUGUAACUGGUCAUUGAUCAGCUGCUGUGCACGGGUGGCCAUAUGACUUGUUGACGGUGCCCGGUAGUUCAAUUUCCUACACGGACAUAGCGUGGUAAGUCCAUUCAUGGUGGCCCGUCGUGAAAGAGGUGGUAUAGUGUUAUAAGCUGCGUUAACCAUUGUCUUCUCAUUCACUGUUGUCACAUGUGCAAAGACGGACUCACACGACGUUGAGUAUUGUUUUGAAAAUAUUUGCUGAUGGAAUCAAAGAAGAUGGAUACCUUUCUGUAGAAAGCAUAACAUGCUGCGUGUAUAUCUCGAUGUAUAUAGAUAGUACUGUGAACGUUAGCCACAAGCUUACCUCUACAGAUAUAUUUUGAUAUCAUAUUAUUUUGUCUUGUAUGUAAUAAACAUAUUGCUCGAUGA